GGACCCACAGCGGUGCUGCUGACUUGGACCGGGAGGCGGAGCGGCUGGACGCCCCCCCGCGGAGGUCACCCGCUCCCCGGCUCCGGAGCCCCCUCUCGGAAAGCCCGACGCGGCGGCUCGUCUCCAGGGCAACCGCUCCGCUACCCCAGGCUCCGCCCCCAACCCGCCGCGAGGACCGGAAGCAGCGUCCCGCCCCCGCGCCCGGCCUCCCCGAGAGCGGGUCGUCCGUCCGCCCCGAGGAGAAUCCAUUAAGGAGAGCUUCCCCUCCCGGAGCGUCCAAGCCUGGCCGCCCUGCGCUCCGCCUGCCAAUGUCGGCCUCAGCGUCCCUCCCGCCCGCUGCCGAGGAGCCCCACUGCCUGGUGGUGGUGAAGAUGGAGGGGAAGGAGGAGGCCCGGGGUCUGGGACCCGGCCUGCCCCGCCGAGGCCGCUGCAGCCCCGAGACCUUCCGCCAGCGGUUCCGGCAGUUCGGCUACCAGGAGGCGCCCGGGCCCCGGGAGGCCCUGGGCCGGCUGCGGGCGCUGUGCUGGCGGUGGCUGCGGCCCGACGUGCACACCAAGCGGCGGAUCCUGGAGCUGCUGGUGCUGGAGCAGUUCCUGGCCGUCCUGCCCGAGGAGCUGCGCGCCUGGCUGCGGGCGCGCGGGCCGGACAGCGGGGAGGAGGCGGUGGCCCUGCUGGAGGAGCUGGAGAGGGAGCUGGACGGGCCGGACAGCGGGGAGGAGGCGGUGGCCCUGCUGGAGGAGCUGGAGAGGGAGCUGGACGGGCCGGAGAGCGGGGAGGAGGCGCCUCAGGUCACCUGUUUCCAGGUUUGGGGACAAAAUGCAGAGGACAUGGCGGCUCGGGAAAUCACUCGGGGGUCGCCACGUGGCCCUCCCCAGCCUGCGAAGCCGCAGCGCCCAUCGCGGGAGCGCCAGGCACCCAGACCACGCGAUAAGGACGCUAGAACUAGAAAUGUGAAAUCAGCUUCGAGGCAUAAGACUUCUUCGGGCCUAGAACUGCAUGGCGAUGUUUCUAGCACCGUUCACAGGAAUGCUUCCCAGAGUUCCACACCGAGAGGAACCGGCAACCAAGAUGGCACGUGUGAUAGAAGACAUAGAAAUCCCUCUCGGAAAAAACAACGCAAGUGUGAUGAGUGCGGCAAAAUCUUCAGCCAGAGCUCAGCCCUCAUGCUCCAUCAGAGGAUCCACAGCGGAGAGAGGCCUUUCGCAUGUGACGUGUGCGCAAAGGCGUUUAGCCGAAGUGCGGUCCUCAUUCAGCAUCGGAGGACCCACACGGGGGAGAGGCCCUACAAGUGCCACGAGUGCGGGAAAGCCUUCAGCCAGAGCUCCAACCUCUUCAGGCACCGGAAGAGCCACACGUGCGCCGGCGCUGGGAGGGAGUCAGAGCAUCUACUCGGAACUUUUCCCACCGAGGGAGACACACGGCACCAGUAGCUUCCGAGUGCAGACCCGGGGUCUCAAAGAGCAGUGUCCUUUCCAAGGUCAGAAAGGAGAGAAUACAGAC